AUGUCAAUAAAUAGGAAUUUGUUACAAUCAUUGUAUAUACAAAAGAUGUGGUAAAGCAAUUACUGUAAAUAGUAAACUAUAAUUAUAUUAUAGAAUAAGUAGAUAAUCAGAUUUGAUAGGCACAUUAUUGUAUAUAUUAACUAAUAAUAAAGGAAGAGAAUUUGAUUUAAUUCAAAUUUUCAAAGUCUUUAUAUGAAUCUUAAUAGCUACAUGGUUUCAAUGGUGUAAACUAUAAUAUUAUAAAGGAUAAUUAUGAUAUCAUUGGACUUAAUUAAUCAAUAUUGAUAAUAGCAAAUAAGUUGAGAUUUCAAAAUCUAAAGUAAUUUAGGAGAGGACAAAAAAACAGGAUAUGUCAAGUAAAUGAAGGAAGUCAUGAAAAGAAUUUCUUAGUACGUAAUCAAUAAAAAUGGAGAAUG